AUGGAAACAAAAAUCAUUUAUUUCACGGUGAACGGGAUCCCAGAGCAGGCCGAGUUCCCCGUCGACUGUCCUUCUCAGGACCUCAAAGAUCUGUUCCGCUCUGCAGCUGAAGCAGGUCCACAUGACAUCCUGAAGCUCUACAACCCCAGAGGGAACAUCAUCAACAUCUGCCCCAGCCUGGAGCCCAACGGGCCCGGUUCCUGCUACAAGCUGGAGGUGGUGGCAGCCGACUGCAACGCUGAGCCCUUAGGUGCAGAACUUGCCGGUGCUUUGGGAUUUGAUCUGUCCUCCAUAGAGAAAAGACUGCAGGGUCUGGAGAAGAAAGUCCUGAUGGAGGCCUCUGAGACCCCUGCGGUCGUGUAUGAGAUGAAGAAACAAGUGGACUCGUUCCGAGAAAAACUGGAGAGCGUGGAACAUCUCAGCUGGCUCGGGUUCUUCAAAGACCUUUCCGAUGUAACCCACAAACCUUCACCGUUCUACCACAAGAGAACCCUGCACAAAACCAGGAAGGAGUGUGAACACGUCAGGGACAAGGUCCUGCAGAUGAGCUCUCUGGAGGUCUCAGAGGAGGUGCGCCAGUACCUGAAGACCCCAACCUUUGAUAACUGGCAGUGGGAGGACGCAGAGAUCAUGGUUCUCCUGCAGGUCAUGUAUACAGAUCUGGAUUUUCUCGCCACCUUCCGCAUCGAGCCUGAAGUUCUGCAGCAGUUUCUGUUCGAGGUUUACCGGCGAUACAACAACAUCCCUUUCCACAACUUUAAACACUGCUUCUGUGUCACGCAGAUGAUGUACGGUCUGAUCUGGCUGAUUGACCUGAGGAGUAAAAUGGACGCCAUCGACCUGCUGAUCAUGCUGACCUCUGCAGUGUGUCACGACCUGGACCACACGGGGUACAACAAUGCCUAUCAGAUAAAUGCACGAACUGAGCUCGCUCUUCGCUACAACGACAUCUCUCCUCUGGAGAACCAUCACUGCGCCGUAGCUUUUGAGAUUCUGGAACGGAAAGAGAGCAACAUCUUUAGAAAUCUGACCCUGGAUCAGUUCAAACAGAUCAGGGAGGGAAUCAUCAAGUGCAUUUUGGCCACAGACAUGGCGAGACACAACGAGAUUCUCAACAAGUUCAAGUCCAUCCUGAGUGGUUUUGACUUCAGCAACAAGGAACACAAAGAUCUGCUGAUGAUGAUCCUGAUCAAAGUGAGCGACAUUUCCAACGAAGCGCGGCCCAUGGAGGUGGCCGAGCCCUGGCUGGACUGCCUGCUGCAGGAGUUCUUCAACCAGAGCGACGUGGAGAAGCUUGAAGGUCUCCCGGUGUCCCCCUUCAUGGACAGAGACAAAGUAACUAAACCUUCAUCUCAGAUCGGCUUCAUCAGGUUCGUCCUUCUGCCCCUCUUCAUCGAGUUAGCCAAUCUCUUCCCCUGCCUGGAGCAGCACAUCAUCGACCCGGUGAGAAAAGCCCUGGACUACUACACUGAGAUGGAGAAAGCUCUCGAGAAGGAAAAACAGAACCGGGCUCAGACUGAGAACAGGAACCAGGAGGCAGCAGGAGCCGAGUGA